AUGUAUGUAUAUAUUGCCGGCAACUCUUAUUCAGGCAAGGUCGUUCCUUUGAUUGCUCGAGAAAUAUUAGAAGCCAGUAACAACAUUUUGCAGAGACCCCUGAUAAAUCUCAAAGGUUAUCUGCUAGGAAAUCCUGCAACAGACUCAAUAUUUGACGAAGGUUCAAGAAUUCCCUUUGCAUACCAUAAAGCGUUAAUACCAAAAGAGCUUUACAAGUCAGCCAAGAGGAACUGCCGAGGAGAAUAUGUUCGAUUCAACCGAACUCAUCUUGAGUGUGCAGAGGAUCUUCAAACUAUCUUAGAAUGCACUAGUAGAGUGAAUAAGGGACACAUUCUCGAGCCAAAAUGUGACAUCUAUAAGCCAUCGCAUAAACUUCUCGAAAGUCGAAGGUACAUGGCAGAGAUACAUGAAGAAUCUUGGCGCGUGCCACCAGAAAUCCCAGAAUUCCAUUGUCGGGAAUAUUACGACCUGUUAUGCGACAUUUGGGCAAACAAUCCAGCCGUUCAAGAGGCCCUUCACAUUAGACAGGGCAUACUAAGGUGCUGGGUGCGAUGCAACAGAAGCUUAGCUUACGCCCACGAUGUCCGCAGUGCUGUGAGCCAUCACCUGUAUUUGAAUAGUAGAGGAUGCCGCUCCCUAAUAUACAGUGGUGAUCAUGACAUGGUAAUCCCAUACUUGGGUACACAGUCCUGGAUCAAGACUCUUAAUCUAUCCACCAUGGACGAUUGGCGGCCAUGGAUGGUCGGCGAUCAAGUUGCCGGAUUUACGAGGGAAUACUCGAACGGUCUUACUUUUGCGACGGUGAAGGGAGGAGGCCACACGGCUCCAGAGUACCUGCCUGAGGAGUGCUUUGCAAUGUACAAAAGAUGGAUCCAUCGAGAGCCAUUGUAGCUAUGUACAUGAACUAAAAGAUUCAUCUUGAA